AUGAGUACACGCAUAUCCACCAAACAGAAGCUUUUGAGUCACCUUGAAAGUACUGACGCCGUCCUACGUGAUAUACUUUCUGUGCUGACCAAAAAACAGUCUUCAGUAAACCUGGAAUCUUUGGUUGAACUACUCUUGGAAAAGGAUCAACAGCUAAAGAUGACACUUACAGAAGUUGAGGCCCAGAACGAAUUGCAAAAGAAAAUCGAUGUCCUUCGUUCUGAUUGCAUCAAAUCAGAUAAGCAAAUCAAUGCAUGUCAGCUUCAGUUAAAGAAGGCCGAAGUUCUCCUGAGCACUGCUCUCUACUAUUCCCGGCAAAAGUUGGACACAAUGGUAAAGGCGGUGAAAAAUCCUGUCGAUGUUGAUGAACUGGUACGAUUUUCUCAUCGCAUUAGCGCUACACAUGGUGUGAGUGCUCCGGAUAAUUGGGUUCAGGGUGACCCCCGGCGCCCAUAUCCAAAUCGAGAGGAAAUACGCCGCGGCUAUUUGGGUCACUUGGAUGAUAACGGACAUUUUCGACCCUCACUUUGGGACGCUCUGUCAGAGACAGCUGCCGCGGCUGCCACUCUUGCUAGUACCACCACUCCAGCAGUCGGGCUCAGUGGUACACCCUUUGCGGCAACUGGUAACACCCCAAGCGCCUCUACAAUCAACCCCCCAGCUCACUCUAGUAUACCCAUGAUCCCGGGCACCUCAAUCACUUCUCAUGUCUCCGGCUCCCCGACUAUGAUUCUUCCGGGAGUGAAUAUGGUCUCUUCUCCGCUCACACUUUCUCAGUCCAACCCGUCCGGGUGGAGUUCAACCAGCGCGCCUAGUAGUAACGAAUUACUAGGUCCUUCCCAUUCUGUUCGUCCACCAAAUACCUCGUUGGCUUCGAUGCUGGAGCCUCACGGGCGUCCCGGACAUCCAUCUCGCACUGGUGUGACUCCCUUAACUCAGUCACCUGUGGGGGCUGCUCCACCCUCAACCAGGCAUGGCACUGCAGGUUUCUCCAAGAUGCCAAGUACUGGUCACCGUACAAACCCCUCUCUCUCACCAGGUUCCUCCGCUCAGUCGCAGUCGGCACUACAUUUACCCCCUCCCACCUACGGCGAUCCCAGCUUUGGGUCUGGCCCCUCUCCCAAGACGUCACUGUCUCAGACGAGGAAUAGUAAACGCAAGUGUGAUGACGUGGACACCAUGUCAACUGACUCUUCGUCAGACUCCUCUAGUGGAGUUGAAUGACAACGCAUUUGAACAGGUUACCUUGUCUGAAACGUUGCCGUCGCGCACAUCCUUUGUUUAUGCUCUGACGACGCAAUUCAAUAAUUUUGUUUCUGCUCUGUUGUAAAUUUGGGUCAUUCGAAUUUCUUACAUGUCUCUUAUGUCCUUGAGAUUCUUAAUUUUCGAUGAACACAACCGUUUUUAAGGAGGAUCUGAGGCUAUAUGGCAUCCAAUUUGACCCUAGAGACGUUAAACCAGUCGUAGCGUUUUGCCAACCUUUGUUUGAUUUAAAGGCCAGAUGGCA